UGUUUGACUCAUUCCCGCCGUCUUUCAAAUUGCGCGCACUACCAACCUCAAUUAUCAAGAUCGGACCGUUAGGAUUUUACCCGUUUUUGACGUUUUACAAGCACAUAACAAGUGGCCCAGUUUAAAAACUUUUGGCGGGAAUUCCCCUACCUUUCAAACAGAAAAGUGUCAACAAAGUCAGCUGUUGUCAAGUACGAUUUAACAGCUGUUAAUGUUGUUAUGAUGUAAUUUAGCCGAAAACUAAUAGUCGAGCAUUUGAACAACCUUCCGGGCCGGAAAACUAGCGUAAUGACAAUUUUGGGAACCCGAGCACACGUUGUCAAUACUAUUUUUAGAAUUUGGAGUAGUGGCAAUAGGAAAUUUUCACACACCCACGGUACUUUAGGCUUAUCUUAUCCAAAUAAAAAAUCUUUCAUUUACCUACGUAAGAGUGAGCGCUAUACCUCAACCAUGUUCAGUGAGAAAUCAAAGUCUUUGACCGGGUUUAAAUUCACCGACUAUGACUGCAUUGGCUUUGACCUGGACAACACUCUAUCCCGGUACAAAGUGGGCGCAAUGAUUGAAAUGGAGUACGAUAUCAUGGCCAAGUUCCUGGUGGAGAAAAAGGGCUACUCAAAGAAACACCUAUACAAGCCCUUCGACCACAACUUCAUCCUCCGAGGCCUAAUUGUGGACGACGAAAACGGCAACAUCUUGCGCAUAGCCCCCGACGGUUACAUCCUACAGGCCGCCCACGGCACCAAAAUGCUCCAAGACGAAGAAAUCGAAAAAUACUACCCCAGACGCCACUGGGAAAUCUCCGAUCUCUUCGUCCAGGACCCCCUCACCACCUGGAACGGCCCCUAUUCGGAAAAAAUGCGCACACUGCUCGACUAUUUCGACAUCGCCUCAAGCCUCAUCUUCGCGCGGGCCAUCGACGCUGUCGACGAACAAAAGGGGCAAAAGACCGGCAAAUACGAAGUGUGGCUGGACAUCCAGGCCGCCCUGCAAGACAUGUUCAACCGCGACAACUUCCAAACAGGGGCCGGCCUCUAUUUCGAAAAAAUGAAAGCGAACCCCGAAAAGUACUACUACAAGUGCAGCGACAAGUUACUUAACUGGCUGAAACUCUUAAAAAAGCAAAACAAAUCGCUGUUUCUCUUGACCGGGUCUCACGUGGACUUCGCGUCGCACACGGCGACAAACACCGUGGGGCCCAACUGGCGCGACUACUUCGACAUCGUCGUGUGUUUCGCGAAAAAGCCCGGCUUUUUCACCUUGAAACGCGACUUUUUGAAGCUGGACGGGGUGCACGAAGGCCCCGCUGUGAAGCUGGACCAGCUGGAAAUCGGCGGCAUGUACACGCACGGCAACUGGACCGACCUGCACAAAUUCCUAACGAAACACUUGAAAAAGGACAAUCCGAAAUUCCUCUACAUUGGGGACAAUCUAGUGCAGGACAUUUACACUCCGCAUAUCCAUUCCCAUUGUGAUACGGUGACGGUGUGCGAGGAGCUGGAGGCCGAGGGGGUGCAGGGCUACCACGAGCGGCACCCCGACCAACACUUCCUCGUCUCCACGUUCUGGGGCUCCUACUUCACCUGCAAUAAAGCUGACACGAACUGGGCGUUCCUCAUGAAGAAGCACUCGAAGUUGUGUGUCCCUAGCCUUGAAUACGUCGCUUCCUUACCCAUUGACCACGAAUAUGAAGCCAGCGAUGUUUGAGUUAUUUUAAAGCAAUUCGUUAUUUCGUUCUAUUUGUUGUUUGUAGUCAAAAAUAAAUUUAUUUUGCAAA